AUGGACAGCCUACCGGCUACAAAUUCUCCUGCAGAACUGAUGGCCACACUGCCACCUUUUCAGGCCCCCGAGACCCUGUCCAAGACUGCAGAGGGGGAGCCAAGCACCACCCUCCAGAUGGACAGUGACUCAGCCAAGGGCAGAGAGAAGGAGAAGUAG